AUGUUUGUCAAUAAUUAUUUCUCGAUAAAAUUAAUUCGUUUCUUUAUGCAACUCAUUGGCAUGUGGCCAUCAAAAAAUAAAGUUCAAAUUUUAUUGUCGAAUUUUAUCUUAUUUUACACGAUAUUCACAAUGGUUUUUGCAACAAUGAUCGAAGGAAUGGAUCUCUAUUAUUCUUGGGGUGAUAUAAAGGCUAUCACAUUUUGUGCUCCUUGUGCAAGUGUCGUUUUUUCGACAUUAGGACAAUUGGCAACCUUUGUAUAUCAUCGUAAUGAAGUAUUGAAUUUUAAUUCGUACACAGAAGAAACUUUUUGGAAAAUUCAGUACAACAAUCGAGAUAUGAUAAUUUUGAAAAAGUGCAAUCAAAUUUGUACUUUUUCUUGCAUUGGACUUACUACUUUACUGCAAACAAUCGCUUGGCAUUAUGUCACAAUGCCAAUAAUAGAAUCCGAAGGAAAUAAUGUUUCGGAAAGAACAUUACCUUUUAAUUUGUGGUUUAAUAUUCCUUACAAAGAGACUCCUUUCUACGAAAUUAUUUACUUCUUGCAGUCUAUUGCAACUUUCAGUACGUGUAUUUGUUGUACAACAUUUGCGAAUUUUCUUUUCCUAAUCAACAUAUUCACUGCUGGUCAAUUUCAAAUUUUACAAAACAAAUUACAAGAUAGUUGCAGUGUAACGAAUAAUAGUGAAAGUAAAUGCAAGUUGAAUAACAAUAGUUACGAGAAAUUAAAAAAUUGCAUUCAAUUUCAUCAGUUGCUUAUAAAAUAUAUUGAACGAAUUGAAAAUCUCUAUUCCUAUUGUGUAUUGGGGCAAGUUUUCACUUCUGUGAUGCAAAUUUGUUUUUCUGGAUUUCAGAUAAUUUUGGGCGUUGGCAAUUCAUUUAAUGGAACAAUGUUGAGCGUUGAAUAUUUUCUUGGCAGUUUUCUUCAACUUUACUUUUUCGCCUGGUCCUCACAUCAAAUUAUUUUGGAAAGCGAAUCUAUUAAACUCGCCAUUUACAAAUCGAAAUGGUACAAUGAAGGAAGACAUUUUCGUCAGUCGAUUAACAUUCUUAUGUUAAAAUCCAAUCGUCCUUGCGUUUUGAGCGUUGGAAAAUUUACUCCGUUGUCAUUAGAUACAUUUACAGCGGUGGCAAAAACUGGACUUUCCUAUUUUACUGUUCUGCGACAAAUGACUGAGGAAGAGUAAUGUGUUUCCCAAAAAUGUUUUUUUACUUCGAGUAAGAUAUUUCUUAUUGAUUAUUCAUUAUUUUCGUAGAGAUAAUCGAAACUCUGCAAUUAAUUAACUAAUCUCUCUCCGAAUACAGUGGAACGUCUCUAAUAAUUAAUACUUUAGAGCCUUUGGAGAAAUAUGAUAUAAAGAAAUUACAAUACAUUUUACAUUUUAAGGUUAUGUUUGACAAAAAAGGCCCUCCAGUGACGUCACGACAUGGAGGGGAGUAA